GCUUUCUUUGAAUUUUUUUUAAUUUAUAAUAAUUAUAAUGAAUUGAUGGAAAUGCUCAUAAAUUUAACAGAAAUUUUAACAUAAUUAGAGAUAGGUGGCGGAUUGUAACACUUUAUAUAGUUUAGAUGGUUAAAAAUAAAAAAUAAAAAUUCAAGUGAUAAUAACGUACAUGACUAAAAAUUCAAAUGGUGUUUAUGCAAAUUUCCUUUAAAACAAAUAAGAGCCCAAAAGAACAAAACAGUCCACAUGCUACCAUGGUGCACAAACCGGUCCACUUUAUAAAUAUGGGCCUGAUACAUGCAUUGGUUGGGAUUAAAAUUGAAGCAAUUUACGAGAUUACCACUGCCCAAAUUUACCAAACAACAAUGGUUUAUGCCAAAAGGCACCAUUAAAUAGUAGGAGACGUGUCUGUAGCCCCGCCUGACGCGUAACCAACAAAGUGGGGCCAAGCCAACUUCAAAAGCCAUAAAGCAAAGAAAAAGCACGGCCACAUCCCCACCCCCCCCAACCAAAAUGAGGAAGUCAGAGACAAAGACGACAUCGAAUGCCACGUCAUCACCACACGUGCAAAUUCACUUCCUUAACCGCUACGAACUGAAAACGCACCGCUUCACUUCACUCUCUUUCCAUAUAUAAGCCACUCUCCGUCUCAUCCCAAGCCCUCUCUCUCCUCCUCUCUCUUCCAGAGAAGAAGAAACCAGAAAAGAAGGAACAAUAAAAAAUAAAAAAAAUAAAAUCCCUCGAAAAUAAAUUUUCCAUUAAAAUUUUUUUUUGCUCCGAAAAAUUAAAUUCAUUCCAUAUAUAGAGCAAGAGAAACCCUACUCACCACUCUAGAUACAAUCGCUCGCAAACCCUAACCCCAUACCUGUUUUCGAUUUUUUUUCUCAAUUUUUUAAUUUAUUUAAUUAUUUUUUGCAAUGGCGGAUGCGGUAUCGGCACCGGCGGCUCAACCCGUAUCCCCGGCGGCGCAACAGCCACCUGUGGCGGCUCCGGCCCCGACUCCGGCGGGUUUCGGCAACGUGUCGUUGUACGUGGGCGAUCUGGACCCCACUGUCAACGAAGCGCAGCUGAUCGAUCUGUUCGGCCAAGUGGGCGGCGUCGUUUCGGUUAGGGUUUGUAGGGAUCAAAGCCGAAUGCAAUCGCUUGGCUACGCCUACGUCAAUUAUAGCAAUACGCAAGAGGCUGCUAAUGCACUGGAGAUUUUGAAUUUCGCUCCUAUCAAUGGGAAACCCAUUAGGAUUAUGUAUUCCCAUCGUGAUCCAAGUAUUCGGAAGAGCGGAAGGGCAAAUGUCUUUAUCAAGAACCUGGACAAAUCUAUUGAUAACAAGGCAUUGCUUGACACUUUUGCUUCCUUUGGCACUGUACUUUCUUGCAAGGUUGCAGUUGAUGGCCAUGGUCAAUCGAAAGGGUAUGGUUUCGUACAGUAUGACAAGGACGAAUCUGCACAGCAAGCAAUCAAACGGCUGAAUUCAAUGCUGAUAAAUGGUAAACAGGUGUAUGUUGGACUGUUUCAAAGAGGCCAGGAAAGGAAUCGGCCAAAUGGAUCACCACAUUUCACUAAUGUUUAUGUGAAAAAUUUGUCUGAGACAACUACAGAAGACGACCUCAAGAAACUUUUUGCCGAGCAUGGCAACAUAACUAGUGCAAUUGUUAUGAGGGAUGCUGCUGGAAAGUCUCGAUGUUUUGGUUUUGUUAACUUCGAGAAGCCAGACGCAGCAGCUGCUGCAAUUGAUAAGUUGAAUGGGACCACCUUUAGUGGUGACAAGGUUUUGUUUGUUGGGAGGGCUCAAAGGAAAUCAGAGAGGGAGGCGGAGUUGAGAGCUAAGUUUGAACAGGAAAGACUCAGUAGAUUUGAGAAGCUACAAGGUGCUAACUUAUAUCUGAAAAAUCUUGAUGAUACAAUAACUGAUGAAAAACUAAAGGAGCUAUUUUCUGAAUUUGGAACAAUAACAUCAUGCAAGGUCAUGCUUGAUCACCAAGGGACAAGCAAGGGUUCUGGAUUUGUUGCCUUCUCUACUCCAGAGGAAGCCAAUAAAGCUUUGACUGAAAUGAAUGGUAAGAUGCUUGGACGGAAGCCACUGUACGUUGCUGUAGCCCAACGCAAAGAAGAGAGAAAGGCUCGAUUACAGGCACGCUUUGCCCAAAUCCGAGCACCAGGUGGAAUGACACCAUUGCCAUCGGGAAUUCCUGGAUAUCAUCCUGGGGCACCUAGGCUUGCCCCUCAACAACUUUAUUUUGGUCAAGGUACUCCUGGCCUUCUUCCCCCACAGCCUGCAGGUUAUGGCUUCCAGCAGCAGCUCUUGCCUGGUAUGCGUCCGGGUGUUGCUCCAAACUUUAUUAUGCCAUACCACCUUCAGAGGCAAGGUCAACAUGGGCAGCGAAUGGGGGUACGGCGAGGUGGGAACUUUCAGCAGGUGCAGCAGCAGCAGCAGCAGCUACUGCACCGUAACUCCAACCAAGGCUUGAGAUACAUGGGCAACGCACGGAAUGGAGUGGAUCCAUCUGUCACUCCUCAAGGUAUUGUGGGUCCAAUAAUGCCUUUGCCCUUUGACGGUUCAGGGAUGCCUGUGACUCCUAAUGAUAGCCAGCGUUCUGGGCCGUUGCCGAUGUCAACACUUGCUUCAGCUUUAGCUUCUGCUACCCCAGAGAAUCAGCGCUUGAUGCUGGGUGAGCAGCUAUAUCCACUUGUUGAGCGUAUUGAGCCGGAACACACUGCUAAGGUGACUGGGAUGUUGCUGGAGAUGGACCAAACGGAGGUUCUCCAUCUCAUCGAGUCUCCGGAUGCCUUAAAGGAUAAGGUAGCUGAGGCAAUGGAUGUCCUUCGUAAGGCUGCAACAAAGUCUGAAGUUGCUGAUCAGCUUAACUCGUUGGAUCUCAACGAGUGAAUCUCUCCUUAUUCAUCACUAAUUUUGCGCACUGGGUCCUUUUUUCGCUGGCCCAAAUGACUUGCCAUUUUUUUUUGGACAAAAAUGACUUGCCAUUAGUACUGGGAUUUUUAAGACAAGAAUAUUUUGCUACGAUCUGGUUUAUUUAGCCGGGUUUUAUUUUAUGUGGCAACUCAAAUGCCUGAAACUUUUACGUUUGUAACUUUGCAGACCUAAGGUUGCUAGGAUUUUGAUCGGCAUCAUUCAUUUUUUAUGGACUUAUUAUGACAUUUUUCUAUUUAGGAUUUGAUUUGAGAUUUUUGCUGGAUUA